AUGAUACGUUCUUGUUGUAUACAAGGGUUACUGGUCAUUUAUAUUCUGCCACUAAUCAAAGACGCCCUAUGCUCUCAUCAUGAAGAACAAUUACACGAGAAAAUAUUUGACGGUUAUAAUCCUUUAAUACGUCCAGUUCGUAGAGUUGAAGAAACAAUUACGGUUCAGUUCAGUAUUGCAUUGUUACAAGUUAUUAGUGUGGUUGAGAAAGAACAAGUAAUGAAAACAAAUGUUUGGCUACAAGUCAAAUGGUACGAUUAUCAACUGCAAUGGCCAAGAGAGAAAUAUGGGGGCAUUGGCUCAAUUCGUGUUCCACCUGAUAAAGUUUGGACGCCAGGUACACGAACAUUAUAA